UGCUCCUUGUCAGUCAGCUAGGAAGGGGAAUGCAUUCAGCAGCGGGUCCAGCUGAGCCGUGGCGUGGGGAAGGCAGGAUAGUGCCCAGCUGAACGCAGAGGGAGACCCAGGCAGCAGCAAGAAUUGCUCUGUGUUGCCGCAGACCAGCAGUGCAAUAAUGGGAGUGGAAAUUGAGACAAUCUCCCCUGGAGACGGAAGGACAUUUCCAAAGAAGGGUCAGACGUGCGUGGUACACUACACAGGGAUGCUACAGAACGGAAAGAAGUUUGAUUCCUCCAGAGACCGAAACAAGCCUUUCAGGUUCAAGAUCGGCAGACAAGAAGUCAUUAAAGGAUUUGAGGAAGGAGCUGCACAGAUGAGCUUAGGACAAAGAGCAAAGCUAACCUGUACGCCUGACAUGGCGUAUGGAGCCACAGGCCAUCCUGGAGUCAUCCCUCCCAAUGCUACCCUCAUCUUCGACGUGGAGCUGCUCAGGUUAGAGUAAAGCCUUUCAUGGGAGCCGGGUGAAGACUUCUGCUGAUAAUCAUCCAUUCUUUUCCCCUUCCCUACGGUAAGAGGAGGCCGCACUGGAAUCGCAAUCUUCCCUGCUUGAGCUGUCAUGCCAAUAGAGCCUGCCCUUAGGUUGUUUAUUCCUUUCCCUCUUUUUUAAAGUUGUUGUGUCCAUAUUUGUCUUCUAUUAGAAGCUUCUUUGCUCUGAGAAAAAUUUCCACCGUUGUAACAUUUUUGAGUUGUACAUUUCAUUUAAUUUGCAUGUGAUUAAAAUUCACAAUGAUAAUUAAAUAUAUAUAUAUAUAUAUUCCUUAUGGAAAAACCACUGCCUUACUGUACACAAACCAAGACAAAAAAAAGGUGCUCAGAAAUCAAAUGUACAUCUCGUACAUGAAGGGGCAUUAGCCAAACGGAGUUACCUGCGCUGCCACUUUUCUCUCAACUUGUACGUGCUUGCUCGCGGCUGUUUUAAACAAAUGUCUCAUUUGAAAAUUUAAAAAAAUAUGGAAACAAUAAAAUCUUGAUACUUUACCAUU